UUCAAAACAAACGUCAAAUGAAGUGCUGCUGUGGGUGGGUCGGUGGAUUUAGGAUUAAAUUAAAUCUUAAUCAAAAAUAAAGUCAGUCGGAAGUAAUUUAUCAGACUAGCAAAAUUUUGGUAUCCGUUUGGGUAUUAGCAGUGAAAUAAAUAUUUUAUUAAUUUUAUAGUUAUUAACGAUGAGUUUAGUCGCGAACACCGGGAAGUUGGCGGGUCGUACGCUGUUUAUAACGGGUGCAUCGCGUGGCAUUGGAAAGGCUAUAGCCUUAAAAGCGGCCAAGGAUGGUGCAAAUGUAGUAGUCGCAGCCAAAACCGCUGAACCGCAUCCAAAGCUUCCUGGCACUAUUUACACGGCCGCGGAAGAAAUUGAAGCCCUUGGUGGAAAAGCUUUGCCGUGUAUUGUGGAUGUAAGAGAUGAGAAACAAGUUCAAAAAGCUAUUGAUGAGGCUGUAAAGAAGUUCAACGGUAUUGAUAUUCUGAUAAACAAUGCCUCUGCCAUUUCUCUCACUGGUACGGCCCACACUGACAUGAAGAGAUAUGACCUAAUGCAUAAUAUCAACACUAGGGGGACGUUUUUGGCGUCUAAGCUGUGCUUGCCCUUACUACAAAACAGUGACCAUGCACACAUCCUUAAUUUGUCGCCGCCUCUCAACAUGAACCCUUAUUGGUUUUCUGUCCAUGUGGCAUACACCAUGGCUAAGUAUGGGAUGUCUAUGUGUGUGCUUGGCAUGAGUGAAGAGUUCAAACAAUAUAAUAUUGGUGUCAACGCCCUCUGGCCCAAAACUGCUAUCGCAACAGCAGCCAUUGAAAUGCUCACCGGAGACACAUCUACCAGCAGAAAACCGGAAAUCGUCUCUGACGCCGCAUAUGUUAUGCUUUGCAAAGAUCCCAAAAAGUAUACAGGUAAAUUCGAAAUUGACGAAGAUGUUCUCAAAGCCGCCGGCAUCAAAGAUUUGACUCCGUACGCCUGUGAUCCCAAGAACGUGGAUAAUCUACUAUUGGAUGGAUUCUUGGAUGAUCCCGAGGCACUGAAACAGCACAGGACCGUCUCCACCGCCUCCGUGAGACGGUACCACACCUCGGCCGCACGGUAUGCGGAAAAGGCCGCAUCAGAAGGUCAGAUCCCACAAUUGUUUGCACUGAUCACCAAAACCAUUACGCCUGAGUUAGUGAAGAAAACUCAAGCUGUGUUUCAGUUUAAUGUGAAAGGUAAAGAAGAAGGUGUAUGGCAUCUAGACCUGAAGAAUGGUGAUGGUGUGUGCGGGCAGGGUGAGCCUAAAAACCCUGCUGAUGCCGUGCUUACUAUGGACAGCCAAAACUUUGCCGAUAUGUUUGCGGGAAAGCUUAAGCCAGCCACUGCAUUCAUGAUGGGCAAACUAAAAAUCAAAGGUGACAUGCAGAAAGCAAUGAAAUUGGAGAAAAUGAUGAAGUCACUAAAGGCAAAGGCGUAAAAUUUUCCCACCAUUUAAAUUGAAGAAUUGUGUAUGAUAUUGUUACUAAUUUCAUUGGAGUUGGUGCUUAGUGUAAUAUUAAUGAAUCGGAAAAAUCGAACUAUAAUAUUUUAAAGCAUAAGAACUUUUGAUUCAGCGCCGCCUGCCUUUUGGACUGUUGUCAUACUCACUUGGCUAAGGGUUUUCACUUCAGUUUAUUAGUGGAUAUUUGAUAUUUUUAUAUGACAUGGCUAAAAUGAUAAAAUCCUUUUAAAUGAGAUAAAUAUACUCAUAUGAUGUACAAAAAUGCAAGCUUGAUUAUAUUUUGAUCAAAAUUUGCCCAAUUUACAACCUUUUUAUGUACAGACUACACAAUGGAUUUUGGGGAUAACAAUGACUACUAUUUGUUCAUAUCAGUUCUUAAUUAUGAUUGUACAAUAAAAAUUGCACUGACUACAUAUAUACAAAAAUAUAAAGUUAUGCCACCCUUAGAUUUUGGGGAUGAAGGCAAGAAAAACAUCUGAAUGAGUAGGUUUGUUUUUUGUGCAGUGGGGUGUGUAGCAGGCUAAAUGUAUCGCAGUAACAAUUGCUAGAUUGAAAUCUUUUUCUAUAGGAUAGUAAAUAAGCAUUAACUUGGAGAGGACAUUAUUAUUUCAAAUUCAGAACUUGAGAGUUGAGAGGCGCUUGUGACGAACCACUAAAAUUGUCAUUAUUACAAUGUUUUGUUGAAAACAAAAAAUAUGUACCUAUUGAGUAAAUAAGACACAUAUUCUAUAUUUAUAAAUGUAUAAUUGUUAUAUUGUGGUAAGAGGUUAAAAGGCAUUCUAUUUUUUUAUCCCAGAUAUCAAUGCACUGACAAUAAAAAUAAGUAUUUUUCUACAAGUAUUCAGAUAUUGUAUUGAAGUGUAGUAAACUGUGUAAAUAAAAACAUUAUUGUUUAA